UUUUCAACAAAAAGGCAAUACAAAGUGCUUUACAAGAAUUAAAGGAAAUACAAACAAAACAACAAACCACAGGAAAAAGCAAAAGAAGAAAAAGCUAAUAAUGUUGUUCCAAAGUAAAUAAACGAGAUAUUCCUAUUCAGGGUUGGUAGGGAGGGUUGGUCUAAUACCUUUUCUGGUUGAAGUCUAAAAGCUCAAUGAACGCUGGGAUUAGACGUGCCGCCUCGUUCCAGGUUUCACAGCACAGGCUGAAAUACCAGUAAGAACAGUUUUGCAGUAGCCAGGGCAGACUGGGUUUUGUGUUGGAUUAGGUUAGAUGUUGUUCUGGGUUCAGUCUGGUCUCCUGGGUGUGUUGAUGCACUCGAUUAAGUUCACCUGCCACUCCUGGGAAGGUUCACCAACCGUUCCAGAUUUUCUCCAUUUGUGUCUAACCGUUUGCUCCAAUCCGAAAGCCUCUUAAAUGGCUUUGCUUCUUAUUCUUGAAUUUCUUUAAUACCCAGCAUAAUGUGUUUGUUUUUAAGAUGAUUUAGUCUGCUUCAGGUCGUCAAACAGGUUCUACUUAUGUAGUUUCUUGAUUCUACAGUUGAGACAGGUGUGGCUUGUGAAAAUGUACACAAAAUAUGAGCUUAACGACACUUAGCUCAAUGUUUUAAAAAAGGAGGGGCGUUAUAUUUUCACGUGGGAACAAGUUGGUUGAGAAAUCUUGAUUCUCGUACUAACUGACAUCAUUUGAAAAUUGCUUUUUGUAUUUCCUCCUUAUUUCUGACUGAUUAAUAACAGUUGUUUUAUGAUCUAAUUAUGACAAAAGAAAUCUUCGAGGAACGAUUUUUUUUAAACGUUAUUUCUAUUUGAGUUGUCAUAGGAAUCAUUUCUGCAUUUAUGAUAUAUAUUCUUAGAGCCCAUAGAGAUACUACUGUUCUUUCACUGAGUGCAUAACGGACUACUAAAGAAGAAUAUGUCCAGCACAGACACAGUUCUUCCUAGCAGGUUUUCAAACUUUCUUCUUUUUAGUAAUUUGCCUAUGAAUCCAGAUGAGCCACAUCUGAAAGGCUAAAGUAGGUAAUGCAAUUCUUAAAAUCACCAAGAAAAGGGCCUGAGGUGGCAAAAAAGAGGCCAUUUUUAUUUGCCCUCCGUGUUAACUGCAGGCACUUUCCCAUAGAAAGUAUCUUUAAUUACACAAAAGUGGAGCAGGAAGGACAGCUUCGCCUGAGGGGGGUAGGCUGAGAAAGCAGAGCUGAAGCUCAACAUAUGCACCAGGGAAAUCAGUUCUCUGCCCCUGACUGUGGGAUGGAGGGAAAAGGCUGCACUCCUAGAUCAAUGAGGAGAAAGAAGAGCCUGCAGGUUCUUCUGGGUUUGUGUUGUAUAAAGAUGCUCUUCAACCUGCCUUCAACGCUCAAACACUCAUGGAGCACGCGCUGGGUCAUCUGCAGCUUCUUCUCGCAUGCACCUCCUCAAAGUGACACUUGGGCAAUCAGCAGCGAUGGAUCCAGCCAUCAUGAUGUGCCCCUCCAUAUGCUACAGCAGCUCAGUCAAAGGUCACUGGAACAGACUUGGUCUCAAUGACUCAUUACCGUGGACAAAAACAUCAGAACCACAGCACGUCCCCCACUCACGAGAAAGCCUGCAAAGUGAAGGUAGCGCAAGAUAUGCCCAGAGGCCUUGGCAGCAUGGCGAGCCGUCAGGUGCAACCGGGCAGCUAUGAGACCCCCACAGCCUCUGAACUACACAGACUGAUGUGGACAAAGAAAGGCGGGAACAACCGUAUGGACGAAGUUUAUCCCCGGAUCUAUAUAGGAGACAUGUAUGCAGCAAAGGACAAGAGGACACUCCAGGCUCACCACAUCACCCAUGUCCUCAAUGCCGCUGAUGGAAAAUUCAACGUGAACACGGGACCAAGCUUUUACAGGGACACCGCCAUCACUUAUCAUGGAGUGGAAGCUUUUGACAUGCCGUCCUUUGACUUGAGUCCCUUCUUUUACCCAGCGGCCAGUUUUAUCAAGAAUGCUCUGAGUCUGCCCACAGGUGAGGAGGCUCUCUUGGCACUGAAGGUGUUUCUCUUCAUUAUCCACAUGUUGACUUUGGGAAGGCGAAGCAGAUUGUUGAAACAUUUGUCAGUCAAUUCCCACUACAGCAACCCCCAGUUGUGUUACUCAUUAAAAUGCAAAUCAAACACUAAACAUAAUAUCAAGCUAAUAUCUUCCCCCACGGUAAUCUUCUCAUGGGCUCAGACCUUUGUCGGGGAAAUUAGUUUUAAAUGGAUUGCCCUGGUAAUUUGUAAGCUAGACUUUUAUUGGACAUGGAAAUUACACAAUUAUGUUUGUGGCCUGCGUCUGCAUGGCCUGUUAUGCAAAGUGAAGUCGGUAUCUGACAUGACAGUAAUAAGAUGAGGCCUCCUUCUUCACAUGCCGGCUGAUCAGGGGGCUCCAGUGUGUGGCGGGGCCUGCGGUAAUCCCCGGCGGAAAUACACAGAAGCCAAGACAGUUCAAUUACUUGCUCCUCUGCUCCCUAAUCCUCGGGCCUGAUAAGAAACCCGGGAUUAACGUGUGUAGAAACAUUUGUUGCAACAUUGUCGAAAACUUUUACUUUGGAGUUAGAAGUGUUCUCUUUUUUUGUGACGUUCAUGGUUUUUAAUCCACAGAGGAGUAACAAAUUGGACAUUUAGAAUGAUGUCUGACACAAUAAUCCCUUGAUUGCAUGGUUGUAAAUGCAGAAAUAAAGCUUGUAGGGAAUGCCACAAAAAGACGGUGA